CUUUGUAUUGCAUUACCUUUUUUUAAAUCUGCUAUUUGGUUCAAUUUACUGGUUUUUGCGGUUGAACAUUGUUUCAAUUUUGUUUUCAUCGCCUGCAAUUGGACCUGUUUACUCCAUUGCAUGCUCAAUUUGAUAUUUCUUUUUGUUACAAAAUAAUGUUUAAUUUCUCUUAUUUGAGCCUAAAGAAGUGGAGAGUGGAGAGUGCUGAUGAAGAAACUCCGUGCAUGCGGAGAUUUCGGUGUUUCACGGGAAAUAUUUCACUUCUUUUUUGGUGUUUGUUAGGGGAAAUUGAAUCUUCAAUUUUAAAUUUUGUUGUUACUCGUCUUUUUCAUUUGUUUGGUAAUUUGAAGUGAGUUGGUACAAUUGGAUUCUAAUGCAUUAAUAUCUACUCACUCAUAUAUGUAUAGAAUGUAUAUAUCUUCAAGUUUAAGUUGUGAGAUCUAGAUGGAUACGGGGAAAUAUGUAUGAAAAGGUGUUGAAUUAGUGUAUGGCUUGUAAACUCUAUCAUUUCAAUUAACUGGGAAUCGUCACUUCUGUAUAGCUAAGUUUGUCGACGGCUCGUGUAAUGAGUAGCUGCAUAAAGCCGAAAGCACAGCUUGAUACAACUCCCCUAGUACUUCUUCACGGAUUUGAUAGCUCAUGUUUUGAAUGGAGAUACGGUCUUCCUUUACUCGAGGAUGCUGGAUUUGAGACGUGGGCUGUUGAUGUUCUUGGAUGGGGCUUCUCUGAUUUGGAGAAGCUUCCCUCGUGCAGCGUGGCUUCCAAACGUGAUCACCUUUAUCAGUUUUGGAAGAUCCUAUGUUAAGAGAGCCGAUGAUUUUUGGUCGGACCAAGUCUUGGAGCUGCUGUUGCCAUUGACUUUGCAGUCAACCACCCGGAAGCUGUCUACAAGCUGAUUUUAAUUGAUGCAAGUGUCUAUGCUGAAGGCACCGGGAACCUUGCUACGUUACCUAAAGUGAUGGCAUAUGCCGGAGUAUAUUUGCUAAAGUCCUUACCAUUGCGCCUCUAUGCGACUUCAUUGACCUUCAAUACCUUAACAUGGGGUACCUGCUAUGACUGGGCAAAGAUUGGUCGUCUACACUGUCUCUUGCCUUGGUGGGCUGAUGCAACUGUUGAUUUUAUGACAAGCGGAGGCUACAACGUCAGUGCUCAAAUUGGGGAGGUGAAGCAGAAAACACUAAUUAUAUGGGGAGAAAAUGAUCAGAUUAUAGACUAUAAGCUUGCAGUGAGACUGCACAGCGAAAUACCAAAUGCAAUGAUACGCCAAAUACCAGAGUGCGGCCACAUCCCUCACAUAGAGAAGCCUGCUGCUGUUUCCAAGUUAAUAGCAGAGUUCGUUCGAGCUGAGAGCAAGGUAUGUAUGGUUGCUUGA